AUGACGACGGCCGACAACGCGGACUCGACGAUACCCAUACUCGACUACACACCGAGCUACGACGAGUUCCUCACAAACCACCUACUACCCAACGAGCCCUGCCUCUUCUCGACGCCACUCGACACAUUCGCACCCUGGCUUUCGCGUGCACUCUCCACGGCUCCUCUUCAAGAAGGUACGACCUCGGGGCGGGGCUGGACCACGCCCAGCAUCGAUUGGGACGUCCUGGCGCAGCAGUUCGGGGACCACGUCGCGCCCACCGUGUUUUGCGACGACGAGGGUCGACAGUGCAGAGAAGACCUGCCCGUCGCGCGUACCGUUGCCGAGCGCAUGGCCGCCGGGAAAGGCCCCGUGUAUAUCAAGGACUGGCACCUUGUUCGUCUGGCUCGUCGGGAUGCCAUGGCCCGGUCGUUUCGGGAUAGGUGGAGCGAGGUGGGGAGAGAGGAGAGGGAGAGGGAGAUGCAGAGGCGUAUGCCCUACGUCGUCCCCGAGGCACUUAGAGACGACUGGAUGAAUCCGCCCUAUCGUCCUGCUCGCACGUCGUCCAAGGACACGAAGCGUGGUUCAGCCCCCGUGGGCAUUGGGCAAGCGCCGAGGCCAGAGGCAAUCGCGGCCGCCGACGGCAGCGACAACGAAGAUGAAGACGACGACGACGACGACGACGAUGACGACUUCCGGUUCUGCUACGCCGGCACGGCGGGAUCGUCGACGGGCAUACACCGAGACGUGUACACGAGCUACUCGUGGUCGACCAACCUGGUCGGCGUCAAACGGUGGCGGCUGUGGGCGCCGUCGCACGCCGCCUGCCUCCGACGCUUCCCCGCGGUCCGGACGAGCGAGCUGGUGCAUGACUACGCCACCAUGCUCACCCUCGUUCCUCCCCCUUCGUCGUCGUCGACACACGAGCGCGCCGGCAAGGUCGCCAUCGAGUGGUCCGGACUGCCACAAGCCGUCGCGGCGACGAGGACCGUGGUCCAACGACCGGGGGAGACCAUCUUCGUGCCCUCGGACUGGUACCACCAGGUCGAGAACGUCACCGAAUGCAUCUCGCUCAACCACAACUGGUGCAACGCCGUCAACCUGCCCAGCCUCUACCGCUCCAUCGUCGAAGAGGUCGAGGACGUGCAGCACUCGCUCGACGACGUGCGCGAGAUGCUCUCCAAGGGCCACCCGGGCGCGGCGCAAGCAGCCGGGCCGGGACACGACGAAGAGUGGAGGCGCGAGUGGACCAAGAUUGUCCUCGACGUGGCCAAGCAGGAUGCCGGGUGGGCCUGGACCGAGUUCUGGAGGAUGGUGGCCACCAACCUCGGCCGACCCCCGGCAUUGAAACAGGAGAGACCGGAGGAUCGGUGGGUGAGGGAUCGGAUAUGGCCGCUGGUGGCAGACUUUGAGGGCAGAGAAGAGUUUGCAUGGGUAGAGGAAGAGUGUCGGACGUGGUGGCGAAAGGCCAAGGAGCAGCUCGACAAGGAAAGCGCAACACCGCCGUAG